AUGAGUAAACCGGACAAGAAACGUAAAAAAGAAGUUAAUUCUACUGGGAGUGUGAGUGAGAUUGAUAAUGAAUUGACAGCUGACCAGCACGGUGCAGCUCUAUAUGAUGUCCCAAAAGUGGCCAACUACGUUGAAGUCACCUUACCUCAGUACCUCCCAGAUGACUUUAAGACCUUUUUUCGCAUGAUAAGGGGUACCUUUGAAAGAGUUCUGGAGAGAAUUUCAGCUGAUGAUCAGUUUCGUAGAAGGAUUGCCUCUAGGGGUCGUGAACAAGUUCCAUUGGAUAAGGACUUACUAAUGACGCUUUGGUAUCUGGGUAAUUUAGAGACAGUAAGGUCUAUUGCAGACCGUUUUAACGUAUCAAAGUCAACUUUCUUAGACCAUAACCGAAGAUUGCUGACAGUUUUAUGUGACAGUCUUCUUAAGACAGUAAUAUGUUGGCCAUCAAACAAUGACAAGCAGACUGUGAUUGAUGAAUUUCAAAAUAAGAAAGGCUUCCCUGGAGUCUUGGGGGCAAUAGAUAGGACGCACAUAAAAAUUUCUGCACCAAGGAAAAGUUCUCCGGACUUCUUCAAUAGAAAAGAACACUAUUCAAUAAUCUUGCAAGCUGUUUGUCGAGAAAACAGGCGUUUCACAGAUGUGUAUUGUGGGUGGCCUGGAAAGGUGCAUGCUGCACGCGUUUUCCGUACCUCGCCUUUAUUUGCUGCACUUCCCGGGUUUACUGGAAUGAAUCACAUAAUAGGAGAUGAAGCUUAUCCGAUUUCUAGAUACUUGAUGCCACCAUUUAGCGAUAAUGGUCACCUUUCAAGGAAACAGGUGAACUUUCACAAAGCCCUUUCUGGCACCCGUGCCCUCAUAGAAAACAGCUUUGGCAUGUUAAAGAGUAGAUUUCGCAGGCUUGUGUUUAUUGAUAUGGUGGAUAUAGAGUUCAUUGUCAAAAAGUGA